CCGCAGCACGGUCGGUCAACAGUAACAUCUCGAUUGGCACGGCUCUGGAGCAAGAGGGAUAGCCUGUGAAACCGCAGACUUCGCGUUAUUGUUUUCUUUAUUUUUUUCUCUAGAUUGUUUUGAGGGGUCGCCCAUUACGCCGCCAACAUGUCGACUACGAUUGAAAAGAUCAAGGAAAUCGAGUCCGAGAUGGCUCGGACUCAAAAGAACAAGGCGACGGCCUUUCACUUGGGACAGUUGAAAGCGAAGCUGGCAAAGCUAAAACGAGAGCUAUUGACUCCAACCGGUGGAGGUGGCGGCGGUGGUGCCGGCUUCGACGUUGCCCGUACCGGUGUUGCGAGUGUUGGCUUCAUUGGUUUCCCCUCUGUCGGAAAGAGUACUCUUAUGAGCAGAUUAACAGGCCAACACUCAGAAGCUGCGGCUUACGAGUUCACAACCUUGACGACGGUGCCAGGACAGGUGCUGUAUAACGGCGCUAAGAUUCAGAUUCUCGACCUCCCAGGUAUCAUUGAAGGAGCCAAGGAUGGCAAGGGUCGUGGUCGCCAAGUCAUUGCUGUGGCCAAGACUUGCCAUCUCAUCUUUAUCGUGCUCGAUGUAAACAAACCCUUGGUCGACAAGAAGGUCAUCGAAAACGAACUGGAAGGCUUUGGGAUCAGAAUCAAUAAGCAACCUCCCAAUAUCAUUUUCAAGAAGAAGGAUAAGGGUGGUAUUGCUAUUACAAGCACAGUUCCCUUGACACAUAUCGACAAUGAUGAAAUCAAAGCCGUCAUGAACGAGUACCGAAUUUCGUCAGCGGAUAUCUCGAUCCGAUGCGAUGCCACUGUUGACGACCUGAUCGAUGUUCUUGAGGCCAGGAGCAGAAGCUACAUCCCCGUGGUGUACGCGCUCAACAAAAUUGACGCGAUCUCGAUUGAGGAGUUGGACCUGCUGUACCGUAUCCCCAACGCGGUCCCGAUUAGCUCAGAGCAUGGCUGGAACAUCGACGAGCUGCUCGAAUCGAUGUGGGAGAAGCUCAACCUCCGACGAGUCUACACCAAGCCCAAGGGCAAAGCCCCGGACUACACGGCCCCUGUCGUGCUGCGAGCCAACGCCUGCACCAUCGAAGACUUUUGUAAUGCCAUCCAUCGAACAAUCAAGGAUCAAUUUAAACAAGCGAUUGUCUAUGGUCGCUCGGUGAAACAUCAACCGCAGCGAGUUGGACUCACACACGAGCUCGCAGAUGAGGAUAUUGUGACCAUCAUCAAGCGAUAAAUUUCUUCGAAAAAGACCUCUAUUCCCUGGCCGACCGUCCCCACCCCCCGUCUUUCCGCCCCCUUCCCCCCCUGGUUGUGCGUACGCGGAAUGAGCGGAGCACGAGGUAUUAUUAUCGGCAACAAACAGAACAGGCCUGUACCGAGCUUUGUCUGGAAUAUUUGAAAGUAAAAUAGUGUCUCUCGCCAAUGCGAGCAUCCCAUAAUGACUGGCAGACUCGGCUUGAUUCCCGUGGACGCCACCUAAAUUUUGACUUUGAGGGGAAGAGGGAAAGGGGGCAUGAGGGAGGGUUAUCCGGCGCACGGGCAGCAAUAGAGCAAGCUGCAGCAGCAGCUCAGAUUGAGAUGGAUUCCUCCGUGGUUCACGGGGUUAAAUUUGGAUAGAGUCACGUCACGGAUUGGGGAAAAGUUAAGGGCCUAGGGAGCUCAAGAUAUGACAGGUAGAUUGUGAGCCGUGGGGGG